GUGAUUGACAUAGAGAUUGAGUAAUUGACCCAAGAUCUCACAGGGGGGAAAUAUACAAUAGAAACAAAAUAUUUUCACCGUAUAGUUGGGAUCUCAGCACAAUUAAUAGGUCAAAAGUUUCCUGAGCUAUUGUUCGGGGACAGAUAUGCUAUCUGAUAUUUUCCUUUUCUUAUUCUUUUCCAGCAAUGCUUGUAGCCUGUAGUGACACCUGGCUCCAUGUCAAAGUUAGACGAACGACUCAAAUGCAUUGGCUGCAACCUCAGCAACAUGAACUCCAUCUAGGAAGUGGCUGCCCUGUAAACACACCUGAGGAAGACACCUUUGGGUUCCUUUACUUUCUCACUUCUUGUGACAUCAGGACUUAUGAAAACCCAUCAAGUAUUUUUAUUGAAAGUUCAGUCACAUUUGAACCAACGGAUUUAGACUUUAUUAUCCACAUCCCAGUAGCAUGCUAUUUUCAAAGACAUUUUCCAAUGAUAUUGGUGCUGAAAAGUAGAGAUAAUACUCAUCAUGAACACACUCAUCAUGAACACACAAGGCCAGUGGGACAGACGUGGUCUUUAUCACAUCAAGUUGAAGACUUGGGAAUCUGUCCAAGGGAACAAUUUUCUUUUGCUGGGCCACAAAAUUUUAUACCUUCUUACUAAAUGGAGGAAUUCAGCUAUCAAUUCUGGGUGAUGGAGCAACCUUACUUAUCCUGCUACUCUGGCUGCUUGAGAAUUUCACUGCCUCUUAGAAGUUGGACUAAUCUAUGGAUAUCAUCUUUUACUGUUUCAAAUAUCUUUUUAAAUGAAAAAUUGCUCUGCCGUGCAUAUUUAUACGCAUUUUGGGUAGGGA